CAAGCUUGUGACUGGUCAUCAGUGGACGAAUCGUGUGUCGGGCGCAUUUUCAGUAAUUGUUGAUUGGAGAUCUCCAAAUAUUACACUGAUUAUUGGUUACUGUGUUUUUAUUAACUUUGGAAGCGGUUACUAAUUUUCUAAUAGCGAUUUUCCAAUAAUUAAUCUAGUUGGAAAGUCUUUCCGAAUUGUGAAAAACUCGAGGUCGCCGUGUGGUGGGUUUGAUACAAGAUGUCCGUGUGUUUCUUUGUGCCUGCCGACCAGGCCGGUACCUCAGGCGUGGCUGAGGAAGUGGAGAGUGACAUUAUAGAAGACAACACCCAGGUGGAAGCCCCGCAGCAGAGUCUACAGCAGUUCUGGUGCAAAGUCACUGAAGAUAUCAGCAAGGUUAAUGCGGAUGACUUCAAAUCCCAAGCAUUGCCUCUCGCCCGUAUAAAGAAGAUAAUGAAGUUAGAUGAAGAGGUGAAGAUGAUUUCAGCUGAAGCGCCGGUGUUGUUCGCGAAGGCGGCUGAAAUCUUCAUUCAUGAGCUAACGCUUCGGGCCUGGGCACAUACUGAGGAUAACAAGAGAAGGACUCUACAGCGCAACGACAUAGCGAUGGCGAUAUCGAAGUGUGAUCAGUUCGACUUCCUGAUCGACAUCGUGCCUCGACAGGAGGUCAAACCCAACAAACCUCGGUACGACCACGCGCCUCGGAGCAGCCAUAUUGACCAGGUGGCUCACCACCAAGCUGCUUUGCAGAACGCUGCACAACCACAGAUCGUAUUACAAGCAUGCGGACAGGUGUCACAGACAUCAACUGCCACACCGUCGACGUCAUCAAGCAACGUGGCAGUGUCCCAGCAACCAGUCACGUUGGUACAACAGGUCCUCACUCCAUCUGGAGAGCUCCAACAGUUGCCGAUCCAGCUAACACAAGCGCAGUUGAACAUGAUCCGGCUGCAGGUGCAGAAUAACCCCAACCAGCCCAUCAUAAUACAAGCACAGUCGCAGCAAUCGCCACAGAUUAUUCAGGUAUCAUCCCAAGGUCAGCAUCAGCCCCAGCAACAGGUAUUCCUGGCCCAAGUAGCGACCUCCCAGGACGACUCCUAGUACCACGACACCAGCACUCAGUGCGAAGUGGACUCGGACUCCGAUGAUUAAGUGAUAGUGAAUAGUGCAUAGUGAUUAGUGUUUAACUAAAGUGUAAAGUACAGACACUAUGAAGAAACUGUUUUGCAGGUAAAGUUCGUAUUUCAUAAGCGUGUUUGAAGAAAAAACUAUGUAUACUGGUAAUCUUACCUAAGUAAAUGAGACGUGUUUACGUGUAAAGUCCUCAUUUUAAACAGAAGUGUGUAUGAAGAGUAUUUUAUUUUCAUGUGAAUUAUUUAACUGUGAAAUUAGUUCUUGUUUGUUAGAAACUCUAGAAUAAUUGAUAUUUUAAAUUUCUGGAUAGGAUGGUAAUGAGCUAGAAGAAAUCCUAAGGCCGAAAAAGAGUUAACAAGUGCAAUUACCACAUUACUUGGUGAAUAUAACUACCCCUUUAUAAGGCAAAGGGAAUAUUUUUACCACUAAGUUUACUUCAACAAAAAGUUCAGUGAAUAUUACAAAAAGCAUAUUUUAAUAAACCACAAAAAGUUUUAUUUUAAUGUUAUGCCUUAUAAAGGGCUACCAAUGGCCAGUUCCAAAGCUCAGUAUAGACUUGUCUACCAAAUAAUAAACGAAUAAAUACCUACAUAUAAAAAUUACAACAUCAUAUUAUUAUCAAUCAUAAUUAGAUUGCUAUUUAUAAAUGGUGUAAUCAAUUGAUACUGUAAGUGUUACGAGUGCAAACAGCAACAGUAAUGAUUCAUCGAUGUCCCAUAUAAAUAUGCUGUUUAAUAAUGUAUUAGUACAUAAAUGUUUCACUGCCUACAAUUUUUGUUAGUUUAUUAUGUACAAUACAUUAUGUGAAUACUUAUGAAGGUCAUAUGCAAUAUUUAUCAAUUAGAAUAUAUUUAAAAAACAUACUGCCAAUAUAUAUUAACGAAAAAAGACGUAGACUUUUCCACCAGUGAUGUGCUAUGCUAAGUUGCUGUGCAUGUGUUUGACUUCCACCAAUCAUCCAUAUUCAUUGAUGUAUAUAGUGUAGCACUGGUGGAAAUAAACUCAGCUAAGCAAUGUUUUGUAUAUGUAAAGAUGCAUGCCAUGGAGUCAGUUAAUAAUAAUGUGUCUUUAAAUAGUGGCAGAAAAGUAAUUACAAUAAUAAGUAAAACAAAUCAAUAGGCCCUACAUAUUUUUAAGAUUUUUAUAACUCCAUAACAGUAACUAAUAUAUAGAAUAAAUAGAAGUACCUAAGAAUAUCAUAUACACUACAAUUUUUACAAUAUCUUAAUUAUGUAUUAAUCCUCUGUAGCUAAAAUUAAAUAAAUACAUGUCUAGUAGUUUUUGUAAUAAUUAUCUAAUGAAUAUAAACAGUAACUGAAUAUUUUAUAUGGUAUUGAUAUACAUUUUUAUUCCUUAAUGCCCUAGGCAAGACUUCUUAAACAUAACUUACUUACCCGUCUUGGUCUUAGUAGUUUUGAAUAUAAGCACACAUUUUAAUAUUAAAUAAUAUGUAACAAUAUAUUUAUUUUUUAUGAUUGCUAAGCAUGUCUGAGCCCAAUGUCUGUGAGAAGUAUGAUGGGAUUUUUUUUUAUUUCGAAAUAAAAUAUUUUUAACUUCAACUAAUAACUUUUUGUGAGCUUUAUUUAAUGCGUGGGAAGGCUUAUUUUACCUAAUUAUUUUAUAAAAUUACAAACCUAAGCAUUACAUUUUGUCAUUCUUGUAUUAACUAUUAUUCCAUGAUUAUAAUACCUUCUUAAAAAGGAAAAAUAUUUUUGUUACAAUUGUUUUUAAGCCUUUGUUUUAUAAAGUCUGUAUAUUAGUCACCUAGGUACUAAAUAUAGCAUAUCCUAUUAGUACAUACCUACUUAUUCACUAUUACCUAUCACUAUUUAAAUCAUUUAAGUGAUAAUUUUGGUUGUUAUUUAGAUGUAUAAUUAAGUUAUUAUUUAAUAAAAAAUGCAAAAUUAAAA